UCAUCCUCCCCCAGUCCUCCCUCCGCCACUUCACCCUCCCCCAGUCCUCCCUCCGCCACUUCACCCUCCUCCAUCCUCCCUCCGCCACUUCACCCUCCCCCACCCUCCACCACUUCACCCUCCUCCACUCCUCCCUCCACCACUUCACCCUCC